AUUGGUUUGAUGCUGUUGAAAGAACAAAAAGAAGACACGGUUUUUAUCGUAAUGGCUUCUAACCAUGAAUGACGUUAGCUGGGGUACAUCGGAAGCCUGACAGCGAUGUGCGACGUUUGUUGAAACAGCCUUAAACGCAACGAGUGGUCUCUGCACUGGUUAAAUGUAAUCAAACAGAGGUGGAGAUCACCAUCUUGUGCUAGCAAACAUUGUGACCUCUGAAAGGUUUGUAAAACCACGUAAGAAGAUAAACUUAUACCUUAAUUGGCCAUCGUGAAGUUCAGGAAUGACACAACAACGUGGUAAGGUCACAAAGAUAGUGGCAUUUGUAAUAAUUCCUCUGGUGAUUUUGUCGGUGAUUAAAGUCGAUGCCCGCGAAUUCAGUAAAUGUGAAUUUGCUCGAGAAAUUAGGAAAUACUUCCCCGAAGAGGAGGUGGCAGCAUGGACAUGUAUCGCGCAAUACGAAAGCGGGUUCAAAACAGAUGCCAUCAAUCUAUCCAACUUGGAUGGUUCAUCUGAUCACGGAAUUUUCCAAAUUAAUGACAGAUAUUGGUGCGGCAGUCGAACAGGGACAAAUACUUGCAAAGUAGAAUGUGAUGCUCUUCGUCGCGACGAUAUAACAGCCUCCAUUAGAUGCGCCCAGAUCGUGAAGGACAAGCAAGGAUUCACCGCAUGGGCUGUAUGGCCGAAAUGUAAAGGGCAAAUAGUGUCAUAUCUUGGCGACUGUGAUAAAUCCGCCUUCCGCUCACCACCAUCUAUUGUCUUCGACAUACAGGUUCAUCCAACGAACCGUGGACCUGGCUUCAACCGGACCCGUACCACCAGUUCUCUAAAGUCAUACCAGUUUAAAGACAUCCGAGGACCUGUCUCCGAUAUGCACUUUAUUGGCAUACGAAACCUCAACUUGACGUCGAUAGGGGCAAUGGGCUUCCUAGGAGCACCCUACUCAAAUAGCUUCUAUGCUAGCGAACUGGAGAACUAUCUAGUAAAUAGAACUAUGCAACACCGCGAAACAACCAAUAUUACUUCGGCUCUGGAAGGACCAGGAAAAAUUGUGCCUCUACAGUAUCGACCCUCCCUUAUUCGUUUUGGCGGAAUGAACUUCUUAGGUGGUACUCCCUACUAUAGCGCAUCCUUGAUGACUCCUAAAAAAGCUGUUAUGUAUCAGCCUUCUGGUUUAACCCGUUUUGGCGGCAUGAACUUUCUGGGUGCGUUUUUCGUAAAUACCAACCAAGUUCAUUUACAGAGCAGAAACUAUAAAGGUGCGAUUCAAAACAAAAACGAUGUAAUAGGAUUUUCAGGAGGAAUCAGCUACAAGCCGAAUUCGUUUUCAUUCAGUCGUGGAUUCGACCUCAUAAACGCUUCUAUUCAACGGCCUAAGUCUACACUUGCACGGACUAGUCUCACUGUGAGUCCCCGACCUCGGCUGCUUAGUAGUAACGACCAUUUGGGACCGCAGAACAAUCGCAUUCUAGCGCCUAUUGAGGGAACACUCUCUAGCAGCAGAGCGGGUUUUCUUGGUCCACGACUGAACCCUCUGAAAAAUAAGAGCAAAGCGUUGUUUUCUUUGCAAACGACUUCUGCUCCUCGUAUUCGGCCUUUGCAACAUUUUGCUGAAGGAUCACUGCUUAGGCAACUACCAUUUAGGGCGACACUACCGAACAUAUUUGUCAGCCGACAGUCUAACGAUAAAGGUAUAUUCUUCGCGCCACAGAAGUUCACAGUUAAACCUUCUCCAGGUAAUAAUUCAGACGUAGCUGGUGAUUUCGUCAGCUUCCAGGGAACUGGUUCGACGAUUCGUUUUGGCUUGCCAGGGCGAACUAAGUUUGGCAUUCUGCCAUCAAGUUCUUUUAGAACACCUCCUCAGCCAAUGUUGCCCCGUGCUCACCCGAGGCCUAUUACUGCAACUGCCUCUGCAGGUUCACCAGUUCCAGUGCUAUCGCCAGCAGUCGGCUCUGUGUUUCCAAUAAGCUCAUCUAAGUUCGCUCGAAAAACCUUCAUAAAACAUAAACCUAAGCCGUCGAACAUUCAGAGUAAUCUAUCUGAAAGGUCAAAAUUUGUUCGGACGAACCGGCUUUUGCCAAGCACGACUCUACCUCAUACACAACUGAACGGUCCGGAAACGUCAUACUCCUCCGGAGCUACCUUCUUUAGUAUUGGAUCGCCACCAUCACCAAACAAAUUACGACCGGCUUUUCUUCCAUCAGGUGCGUUCCGGCCACCCGUUGUAGCUCAAGGGCGAACCGCAUUAAGCCAGAAAAUAUCUCCAUUUGGCGGUCUGAGGCCCUUGUCACCACAAAGGCCUAAUAACCUUUUAGCUAAUUUAAAUGUGGCCAAUAGUCAGCAGUUAUAUCAGGCACCAUCGCUAAGACCUGCCUUUGCGCAGGCUGUUCUCACACGUCCCGCAAGUCUUCUCAAUUCACCUUCCGGAUAUCAAGCUGAGCCUGGAUUCAAGAAGCCGCUUAAAGGUCAGCGUAAACGGGUAUCCUAUGGCUAUCAGCCCCUAUUGCCAACAAGCUCAUCUUUUAGAGGUAGAUCAUUAGAAGAUAUAAACCAAGAAGGGCCGGAUUUCACUAGCCAGAUCUCAUUUACGAGACCCAGCCCACGCUUUGGCGUCGGCGGAACGCCCUUUCCGCUUGUAUCAUCUGACCGCAGAUCAUUCAUUAUAGGGUCAAAAUCCGGCAGGCAGGUUCAGGUUCCAGGUGCAAGGACAGUCGAAUCGUCUUCAAGCUCCGGGUCAGAUGCCUUCGUUGGUAGCCAUCCAACCUACUCUAGAAUUCAUGAGUCGACCCGUAGACAUACGCCAUCAAGCUAUGGCGGAAUUAGCUUCGUGCUCUCGAACGGUGUUGUGACCAUGGUGAAGCACUACGGGUAGACGCUGCGUUAUAGAAAGCAUAACAUAUGACUCAGAUCAAAUAAUGAAGUUGAUUGUCUCAAUGGAAGUUACACAUCUUUAUGGAUACAGGCUAAGUAAAAAGGCCGGAAAUAGCUUCUUAUAGUAUUUCUCCUCGAAUAUCUUCCCCAACAAAAAUGCCUCGACCCCAACAAUAGCUAUACUUAAAAAAAAAACAUUACAAUUUCACUCUAAUCAUUUUAUAUACCGUAGGGAAUAGCUCGAAAAAGAUGA